AUGCAUUUGGCUGCUCUCACAGGCCUGGCCUUGGCCAUCCCUACAGUGGCCUCUGCCGUUCUUAAUGGCCGUGGUGCAAGCUCGCACCGCUACCCUGUGGUUAAGACCACCUAUGGAGCGGUUCAAGGAACUGCUUCUGAAUACCGUGAUGACGUAACCGUCUACAAAGGCAUUCCCUUUGCCGCGCCGCCCACCGGACCACUGCGUUGGAAGGCACCAGUAGCGCCGGAUUCCUGGUCGAGUGUUCUGCAAGCCACAGAAUGGCCAAAUCAAUGCGCACAGGCGGCUGUCUCUAUGGACGGCAUCUUUCAGACGACCAAAGGUAACAUCAGUGAGGACUGCCUGUACCUGAACGUCUGGACGCCAAGCUACAAUACAACAGAUCCGAAGAAAAUCGCCGCCAAAAACCUCCCAGUCUAUGUCUGGAUCUUCGGUGGCCGAUUUGAGAUGGGCUCAGCCAACGUACCAACCUACGACGGCUCUGGGUUUGCUACUCAAGACAUCAUCGUCGUCACUUUGAACUACCGUAUGAGUGCUUUCGGCUUCCUUGCCCACCCAGAACUGUCAGCCGAGUCAGGCCACAACAGCUCCGGUAACUACGGUCUUCUGGAUCAGCAAUUCGCUCUCCAGUGGGUUCAGGACAACAUUGCCCAUUUCGGUGGAAACCCUGAUCGCGUGACAGUCGGUGGUCAGUCCGCCGGUUCAGCUAGCGCCCUGGACGUGAUGUGGAGCCCACUGUCUAAAGGAUUGGCCCAUGGUGUGAUCGCUGAGAGCGGUGCGCUAGGUCCUCAUGAUCCUUAUACCGGAGCUGCAGCUACUAGCCAUCGCCAAAAGGGAGCAGCGGAAGCAUACGGUGUCUCAUUCUUAAAGACUUUGAAUGUUUCCUCAAUCGACGAGCUACGCAAUGUGUCUAUGGAUACACUCGUCAAUUACGCUAUGGCAUCCGGUUCUGUCUUCGCAGGCACUCAAUUUGCCAAUAUGACCACUUUCUUCAUGGAGCCUCCAGAGUGGCGACCUGUGAUUGAUGGAUAUGUUCUUCCCUACACUUACGGGGAAGCACUACGCUUGGGAGCACAUGCAGACGUUCCCAUUCUCACUGGAAACAAUGCUGAAGAAUCCGGCGCAAGCAUGGAUGAGGGCUUCACUGUAGCUACUUACAAAAGUGGCUGGCGUGAGGUGUUUGGCUCCAAGUUCUACAAGACAUUCCUUCAAGCCUACCCCGCUGCCAACGCUAGUCAGGCUGAUGAUAGCGCCAACGAGCUUUUCCGUGAUAUGAGCCGUGUGGGCACCUGGCAGUGGGCAAAUGCGUGGGCUGCAGGAGGCGCCCAGAGUAAUGUUUAUACUUAUUACUGGAUGCAUGUGCCCCCUGUGAACGGUGACCAGGGUGCUUAUCACGGUUCGGAGCUCUGGUAUGUGUUCAAUAACAUUCCUUACAGCGCUGAGUAUGCAUCGGCCAACUGGACAGCGACUGAUCUGGCCAUUGAGAGAACGAUGACUCAAUAUUGGGCUAACUUUAUUCGCACUGGUAACCCUAACGGCGACGGCUUGGUGCACUUCCCUCCCUCUACCAAUGCCUCUCUUUCAACUAUGUGGCUAGGAAAUUCGUGGGGUGUCGGCCCGGUAUCGGAAAGCAAAGAGCGCAUCUCUUUCAUCGAGGACUGGUAUACUACCUUGAAGGAGUGGUGA